AUGGUUAGUACAGACGAUGAAGAAGAAAUUUGGUCAGGGAAUAAAGGAAUAUUGUACGUUUACAUAAGUAAAGCAAAAGAUUUACCAAAUUUGACUAAAUUAGAUAAACAGAAUGUUAUGUUACGUUUAAGAAUAGCCCAUAUGACCAGAGAAAGUGAUACCUUACCAAGAGCUGGUCAAACUCCUGUCUUUAAUUAUCUCGAAAAAUUUGAAAUUACUCCCGAUGUGAAGCCAGUAAUGUGUGUUGAUGUUUAUUGUGAUAGAAAAAAGAAAGCGCCAGAACUAAUUGGGAGAUGUGAAAUUGAUCUAUUGAAUGGGAUUAGAGCAGACCCCAAGGAAGGAUAUUGUACUUGGUAUGAUUUGAAAAGAAAACGAGGCGAGUUUGCCGGCACAAUCUUUAUUGAAUUGUCUUUUAAACCAACUUUCCCUACAUUGCAUAGUACACAUAGUAAUAAUUCUCACUCUCAUUCCCCUAACCGUCGUCAUUAUCACCAUAAGAAUCAUAAUAUUGACGAUAACUUGGAAUCUUCAAUGGCAAGUAGACCAAUUCCACCUUUACCCAAUGGUGAGGUUCCAGAUUGGAGCUCCUCACAUUCAUCAUAUGACAGUACUAACCGACCUUCUUCUAGAUCCAAUUCACACACACCCUCAAGAAACAAUACACCAAAUCACAGUCCUGUGAGAUUUCAUCAUUCUCCUUCACAUUCUCCUUCGCAUUCUCCUUUACAUUCUCCAUCAUCAUCAAGGUCACGAUCCAACUAUGCUAGGUCUCCAGUGAGAGUAGAUCCAGCAAAUCCAUAUAUGCAUGCAUCUGCGAUGAGACAAUCAACGCCUUCAACUAAUUCAUUUAUACGUGACCGCCAUGAAGAAUAUUUGGAAUUUAAGGAAAAAGCUAUAGCAUCUGGAAUGGUACCUAAUAAUAACAAAAAUAUUCCAAAACUAUCUUCUCCUCAGCAACAAAAUUUUACUUCUUCAACAGAUACUACAAAUACUUUAAUAACUCAAGAAACUUCAUCAGAUACAAAAUUUCAUUUUGCAAAUUUGAGAAAAUUAAAAGAAAAAAUAAAUGUUUUUAAAAAUCCAAAUCCAAUUAGUCCAUCCAAUGAUAAUUCGAAUGAUACCUCUGUGGAUAUUCAAGCUUUACAAAAGGCUAUUGGUGUAUCGCCGGAUGAUUUAGAUUCACAAUUAAAUAAUAAUGAUGAUCACUUUAAUGAUAAUGACACAAUCAUUGAAGAUUAUUCAAGACAUGCAUCAAGUAACCGUAUGGACAUGGAUUGGGGUAUUCAUAGUGUUACUAGUCACACAUCACUACAACCACCACUUCCACCUCUACCGAAUGAACCGCAUAAUAAUAAUAAUUACCAUCAUCAAAUUAAUGACAAUAGAAAUAGACAUUCUCCAAAUAUUCCAAAUUUACCUUUUACCAACGAUAGAAACUCAAGAUCACCUUCUCCAAGAAUACCAAAAUUGCCACAGUCUCCUACUAAUAGAAAUGGUUCACCAACUAGAAGACCCCCUCCAGGUAUGUGA